ACAAAGCGCAAUACAGUUUUAAAUAAUUAUACAUUAGUUAUAAAAAAUACUUACGAAAUUGGUCUGCAACUAUUGUUGAGGAAUGUCAACCCUACUCAUGCUAGCUUUACAGGCCGGUUGGAAACAUCAUCUCACAGUUGUUUGCCACCGCUCAUAAGAGUCGUCAAUACGUUAUUAGAUAUCGCAGCGGCAGCGUGAUUUCAACCAUUCCAAAAACGUGCAUUUGUGAUAGCUUUAAAAAGCGACUAAUAUUAAGCAAUUAUAUUUCAACACCUGUUAAAAAAAUUCACUAAAAUGGCUGAUGAACGAAAGGCUCUCGCAAUAAAAUUAUAUGAAAUCAAUGCUUUCAAAUUCGGCGAUUUCAAAAUGAAAGUGGGCAUUAAUUCACCUGUUUACUUUGAUUUACGCGUAAUUGUUAGCUAUCCGGAAGUGAUGAAAACAGUUUCGGAUUUAAUUGCCGCCCACAUCAAAGAGCACCAAUUGACGGCGAAACACGUUUGUGGUGUCCCAUAUACAGCUCUUCCAUUGGCCACUUUGGUCUCCGUACAGCAAGGUACCCCUAUGCUGGUGCGACGUAAGGAAGCAAAAGAUUAUGGCACCAAAAAGCUUAUCGAAGGUCUCUACAAUGCAGGAGACACGUGUCUAAUUGUUGAAGAUGUCGUAACAUCUGGUUCAAGUGUUUUGGAUACAGUACGCGAUUUGCAAAAAGAAGGUAUUGUUGUCACCGAUGCCGUCGUGGUUGUUGAUCGAGAGCAAGGGGGAGCGAUGAAUAUCGCAAAACAGCAAGUGCGCAUGCACUCUUUAUUUACGCUGUCCUUUCUUCUUAACACGUUGCUCGAUGCAGGAAAGAUUCAACGCGACACUGUGGAUGCAGUUGCAAAAUAUAUUGCUGCAUAUCAAAUUAAAGGGGAUGGAUCGUUUGUAAAUCCACAGAGUAAAGUUGCUAAUGAAUUCUCAAAGACUAAGCUUUCAUUCGAGCAUCGCGCCACCUUAGCGAAAUCUGAGCUAGCCAAGCAGCUUUUCCAUCUGAUGGCUAGCAAAAAGACAAACCUUUGCCUUGCCGCUGAUCUCACUAAAUCUGAUGAAAUUCUUAAUAUUGCUGAAAUUUGUGGGCCUUAUAUUUGCGUGCUUAAAACACACAUUGACAUCGUAGAGGAUUUUGAUGAAGCAUUUAUACAGAAGUUACGCUGCUUGGCUGAUAAACACAAUUUCUUAAUAAUGGAAGAUCGCAAAUUUGCCGAUAUUGGAAAUACGGUGUCCCUUCAAUAUGGCAAAGGCGUAUAUAAAAUAGCGAACUGGGCGGAUUUAGUUACAGCGCACGCACUUUCAGGUCGUAGCAUAUUGCAAGGACUCAAAGCCGGUCUUGCUGACAGUGCAUCAGAUGGAAGAAAACAUGGCGUAUUUUUACUUGCCGAAUUGUCUAAUUCAGGCAGUUUAAUCGAUGCUAAGUAUUCCGAAGCGGCUAGUAAGAUUGCAACUGAAGGCGCAGACAUUGAUUUUGUUGCUGGUGUUGUGUGUCAAUCGGCCAGCUGCUUCCAUUUCCCUGGUUUAGUUCAACUUACACCGGGUGUAAAAAUCGAUGAUACUGUCGACCAGCUGGGGCAGCAAUAUCAAACACCCGAGCAUGUAGUGCAGGAACGUGGUGCCGAUAUCGGUGUGGUGGGACGUGGAAUUUUACAAGCUAAGUGUGUUGAAAAAGCAGCAGCUCUAUACCGUGAUCGGCUUUGGGCAGCAUAUACUGAUCGCAUAGCGAAAUAGUAUCAUAUUAAUGCAUUCUAUAUUAAAUAUUUGUCUUACCUUUUAUAAUUAUGACGAGGGUACAAAUAAUUAUUAAUUAAAAUCUGAUAAA